AUGAACCAAAAUCUGCUAGGAUCAGACGAAGAGGAUGCGAUCCAUAACAGUGUGUUUUCGCCUCUGGCACCGCCAUUUGAGAGUCGUUUGAACAAUCUCCGCCAGAAUCCAGUUCAAAAUUCUAUUUUAACAGGACCAAGGAAUUUUUCACAACCAAUGUUCAAUGCGCCGUCAAAUAAUUCUGACGCGUUAUUUGAUGACAUCGCUUCCAGGAAUCACAACUAUCAGAUGAAUAGCAACGGAGAUGCAAGUGCUCGUGCGCAGAAUAUAUGCAGUGAUGUCCUCAACGGAGUGGGAGACCCCAAUGUUAAAAACGAAAACAUUUUUGACGCUUACGACUUCUUGCUUAAAAGUAUGAAGUCUGCACACAUGUACAUCUCGUUACUGAACCCGGAACAACUGGCAGUGCUGGGCGCGAUGCGGCCGAGCGUGCUCUACGAGUUCCUGCAGGGCAUAUUGAAGGCAAAGACCGGCAAGCGCACCAAACGGUUACCAACUGAGUGUGCAUUUUGCAAAAAUAAUGGUGAAAGCGAGGAGUGUUACAUGUCACACCCGCUGAAGGAUUUCCGCGGGCGCGUGCUGUGCCCGGUACUCCGCGCCUUCCGCUGCCCGCGCUGCGGCGCCACCGGCGACCGCGCUCACACCAAGAAAUAUUGUCCUGAUAAUCCCGAAAACAGUUUAAAUCGUUCCGGAGACUACCAGUAUCAACGCCGACUUUCCUCAGCAUCUUCGUUCUUCAUGAACGAUGGUGUUCAUGCACCGGCGGCGACCCCGCCCUUGCCGUCUCCGACUGCUAAUGACACGGGCCUUAACACACAUUUGUGGUCAAGCUUCACCUUGAACUGAUUGCAGAACUUUGCACUCUAACCAUAGACAAUAGCACAACUAAAACACUAUUAUCGCUAACGGCUUACGGAUAUGGAGUUCUUAAAUAACUUGAUAACAAUCAUACAAAUUAGAAUAUACUCAUUUUAAAGUAGGUGUUACGUUAUUGGUAACAAAAGUUUCUGUUCAUUUACUAAUUUUGUCAAACUUAUCUUUAAACUGGUGGACUCUUGAAUCAUAAUCUGUUAACGUGUUUAUAUAGGUUGAUAUAAUGGGACAAGUGUACUGUAGGUAAGUAUGGAGUGGUGGUAUGUUAGCGUCCUGCGAGUUCGCCUUGCUAUGUGAGAUAGUGUGCGCGAGACUCGGCGGGCGCUCGCGGGCGCACUCGGCCGCCGGUAUGCGGGACAUACCGCGACUGACAAUGUCGCACUGCGCCCAGCGCCCAGCACCCAGCGCCCACACUACACGUUACCUUUUACCCUUUAUUACUUAUCUUUUAAUUCUAUAACUUUCACUAAA